ACAACAUCAGCAACAACAACAACAUCAGCAACAACAACAACAACAAUUUCAACCAUUUCAACAACGUAUUGCUACAGGAACUACUACUACAACAACGACAAUACCAUUUGGGUCGUCAUCACACAACAACAUGUUCCCCCAACAAUACUGCCUGAGAUGGAAGUACCAUCACAGCAACCUGCAGACUAUGUUCUCACAACUACUAGAAAGGCAGGCCUAUUGCGAUGUCACGUUAGCAUGCGAGGGCCAGACUCUAAGAGCUCACAAGGUUGUCCUAUCGGCAUGCAGCACCUACUUUGACACGAUCCUGUCGCAAUAUGAAGAGAAGGAUCCUAUCGUAAUCAUGCGAGACGUCAAAUACUCGGACAUCAAAGUACUCGUCGAUUUCAUGUACAAGGGAGAAAUUAAUAUCGAUCACACGAGAUUAUCAUCCUUAUUAAAAACAGCGGAAGAUCUUCACAUAAAGGGUUUAGCGGAAGUAAGCUGGCGUAGCGAUUCAUCGCAAAAUGAUGUGAACAACACCGGUCCAGCUGCUACCACACCCCCACGUGUUGAAACAGUUUUAAGGGAAGUUGAAACGGAAGAACCGCUGCCACCAAAACAGAGGCGCAGAGGUCGUCCACCAUUGGACGAAACACCUACGCCCCCUGACCCCUUUAUACCUAAAAUCACAUGUAUAACUGGCAACUUCUCUGCACCAAAUUCACAUGAAGAAAUGAUGAGCGAGGGUGACCAUGAAAGUUGGGACGAAGAAAUGAUGCCGGGUGACAAUAUGGAAACAAUAUCGACGGUACCAUAUCUUCAAAAGGACGAAAGUACAACCGCCGAUCAGGAAAAGAAAUCAUCAACGAUACAGUCGAAUUCAAAUGCCACGAACUUAUCAAUACCUGACAGUUUUCGUGACGUCGUUAGGAUGAACGAUUAUUUGACGACGGGUCGUAGACAAGAAUUUUGGGAGGAACCAUUCACGCGACGUGUCAUGGAUGCCAUCAAAAGCAAGGAGUUAGAAAUGAAGACUGCUGCUGAGAUACUCGGCGUUUCUUACGGUACUCUUUAUGGGAGAUAUCGUGACAGUUAUGGAUGCCUUAAACACCCGUACAGAGUAAGGGAUUUUUGGGCGGAACAAGGACCAGCCGAGAUACUCAAUAAAUUACGAAGAAAAGAAAUAACGUUGUUCCGUGCUGCCGAAUUUUUAAACGUAACAGUACACACAUUAGCAACGUAUCUGUCAACGUUACAAGGUGCCGAAAGGAUUUCAUUGGUCAAUGAUGCAAAUGCAUCAGUCAAUGCCGAAGGAAACGACAAUAAUAGCAGCAGCAAUACCAUCACUAACACAUCCACGACGACAACAACACAAGAAAACAACGAUUCUAUGAACGAUAUUUUACAAAAGAUAACAGCUGGCACGGUAACCGCUUCAACCCCUACAACCUCAUCGACUACGAUAAAAAAGGAGGGUGGUGGUUAUUUGGAAUUACCAAGUACAGCGAUACCUAAAGCUGCUACUUCGGUAUUAGAAAACAAUCCUGACAUAACCAUCGUUAAAACGGAAAAUUUACCGCGCAAACGUGAUUAUGCUAAAAUAACCAAUACAGAAAACAACAAUGCCAAAUUGAUGAGCGGUGGUGCUGUCAGUGAAAUUACAACGCAAUCUUCUACACAACAACAACAGCAAAAAAUGAUCACCGAUCCGCUAGCAUUGAACAACGAUACCAGUAAACCCUAACUAUUCAGGCCUUAUUUAACACCUGUUAAUCCUAAAACUACUACAACUAUAACUGCAACUACAACUAAUGCCAAUUAUAGAUCCGAGUUGUGUCCUAGAAGAUUUUAUUCUAACGUAUUUACACGUUUCUUGACGAAUUUUCAUUUGAAAUAAUUAUCAUUAUUAUUAUUUAAUAUUUUGUAACAAAACACCACAUAUAAUGUAUAUAUAUAUAUAUGUGUGUGUGUGUGUUAUUAUAAUUUUAAUUGUCUCUGUUGUGUGCGUGUUUAGGGGUCAACAUAACCUCCGAACUCGAGAACAUUUUUUAUCUUCAAAUUUCUUUUCUUAUUCCUCUUAUCUCUUCUUCUUCUCUCUUUCUCUCUCUCUGAUU